AUGGAGGGGCCUCCUUUUAGCGAGGCGGCCUUGGAGCGGGCGCUGGCAGCGCCGUGUGAGCUGGACGCGGUACUGCUGACCGACAUUGAAGACAUGCUCCAGCUCAUCAACAACCAGGACAGUGACUUUCCAGGACUGUUCGACAGCCCCUAUGCUGGGGGCAGGGCAAGGGCCUCAGAGCUGGCCAGUCCUGAUGCCAGCUCCCUCACCGACUUGUCCCCACCUCCUACCAUGCUGAGCUCCCCACUUGAAGGCCUUCUGGGGGGCUCCAAGUCAGCAACACCCUUGUCCCUAUCCCCUCCCCAGACUAUACUCACCCCAUUGAAGAUGUACCCAUCUGAGCCUGCUUUCUCUCCUGGACCCGAUAUCAAGGAGGAGCCUGUACCACUGAGCAUCCUGCAGCCCUCCACCACAGAGUCCCAUCUGGGGGCUCUGCUAGCCCAGAGCUUACCAGGCCCACCCCCAUCCCCUCUGUUAUGCAGCUCAGCCCCUGUGCCAGGCUACUGUAGUCCAGCUACAGGCUUCUCAACAGGCAUCACCCCAGCGAGUGCCCAGCAGCUGCUCCCUGGCCGGCCGCAGGGAUCUCUACCAGGGGCUUUACCUAGCUCCUUGCACACCCAGGUUCAGGGUGCAGCUCCCCAGCAGAUGCUGGCAGCCACAACCACCUCGUCAGUGACACCUGGAAUGACUGCUGUAGCCUCGCAGAUCCAGCAAGUCCCAGUCUUGCUUCAGCCCCACUUCAUCAAGGCUGAUUCAUUGCUUCUAACAGCCAUGAAGACAGAUGUGGGAGCCACUGUGAAAACAGCAGGGAUUGCUUCGCUGACUCCUGGGGCCACUGUUCAGCCAGGGCCCCUGCAGACCCUGGUGAGUAGUGGGACCAUCUUGGCCACAGUGCCACUAGUGGUGGACACAGACAAGCUGCCCAUCAAUCGGCUGGCAGCCAGUGGCAAAGCCCCUGGGGUGACCCAGAGCCGUGGUGAGAAGCGCACAGCCCACAAUGCCAUCGAGAAGCGCUAUCGCUCCUCCAUCAACGAUAAGAUCACGGAGCUCAAGGACUUGGUUGUGGGCACCGAGGCAAAGCUGAAUAAGUCAGCUGUCCUGCGCAAGGCCAUUGACUACAUUCGCUUCCUACAACACAGCAAUCAAAAACUCAAGCAGGAGAACCUGAGUCUGCAGACUGUUGCCCUCAGGAGCAGGUCUCUGAAGGACCUGAUAUCUGCCUGUGGGGGUCCUACAGCCAUGUCCAUGGAGGGCAUGAAGCCGGAUGUGGUGGCCACACCGACCCCACCGCCCUCUGAUGUGGGCUCGCCUUCCCAGAGCAGCCCCCUGUCCCUGGGAAGCAGGGGCAGUGGCGGCGGCAGCAGUGACUCGGAGCCUGACAGCCUGUUCCUGGAGAACAGUGAGGGGAAGCCUGUACCGCUGACACACUGUAGCCGGGGCCUGCUGGACCGAUCUCGCUUGGCCUUGUGUGCUCUCAUCUUUCUCUGUCUGUCCUGCAACCCCUUGACCUCCCUGCUGGGCGGACGAAGUUUCUCCAGCCCUCCAGACUCCACCAGUGUCUACCAUGGAACUGGACGCAGCAUGCUGGGCACCGAGGGCAGAGAUGUCCCUGGCUGGGCCCAUUGGCUGCUGCCCCCACUUGUCUGGCUGGUUAAUGGGCUGCUGGCACUGGGUUCUUUAGCCCUUCUUUUUGCCUAUGGAGAGCCAGUCACACGGCCUCACUCAGGUCCUGCUGUGCACUUCUGGAGGCAUCGCAGGCAGGCUGAUAUGGACCUGGCCCGGGGGGACUUUACUCAGGCUGCCCAGCAGCUUUGGCUAGCCCUUUGGGCGCUGGGCCGGCCCCUCCCCACCUGCUCCCUGGACCUGGCAUGCAGCCUGCUCUGGAACCUCCUCCGUCACCUGCUACAACAUCUCUGGGUGGGCCGCUGGCUGGCCAGUCAGGCAGGGGGUCUGCAGAAGGAUGAGUCCUUGCAUGCAGAUGCACGUGCUAGUGCACGUGAUGCUGCUCUGGCCUACCAUCAACUCCACCAGCUGCACACCAUGGGGAAGUGCACGGGUGGACACUUUGCUGCUAUUAACCUGGCAUUGUGUGCCCUGAACCUGGCUGAAUGUGCAGGGGACACUAUGUCUGUGGCAACGUUGGCUGAAAUCUAUGUAGCGGCCGCCUUGAGAGUCAAGACCAGUCUCCCUAGGAUCUUGCAUGUCCUGACUCGCUUCUUCCUGAGAAAUGCCCAGCAAGCCUGCUUGGCACAGGGUAGUUCCAUGCCUCUGGCCAUGAAGUGGCUCUGCCACCCUGUGGGCCACCGUUAUUUUGUGGACGGGGACUGGGUCGUGCACAGUACUCCAAGGGAGAGUCUGUACAGCUCGGCUGGAAACCCAGUGGACCCCCUGGCCCAGGUGGCUCAGCUGUUCCGUGAGCAUCUCCUGGAGCGAGCUCUCCACUGUGUGGCUCACCCAAGUCCUGUCUCUGGAUCAGCAGAUGGGGGCCGGGAAUUCUCGGACGCCCUUGGGUACCUGCAGCUGCUCCACAGCUGUUGCGAUGCCAGUGGGACUCCUGCCUGCAGCUUUUCCAUGAGCCACAGGGAGACUGCUGGCCCUGGCACUGACCCAGUGGCGAAGUGGUGGGCGUCACUAGCAGCUGUCGCAAUCCACUGGCUGAGGCGUGACGAGGAGGCAGCCGAGCAGUUGAGCCCACUGGUGGAGCACCUGCCCCAUGCUCUGCAGGCAUCUGAGAGAGCUCUGCCCAGGGCUGCCUUACACACUUUCCAGGCUGCUCGGGCCUUGUUGGGUUGCAGUAAGGCAGAGUCUAUGCCAGCUAGCCUGGCAUUCUGUGAGAAGGCCAGUGGGCACUUGCGGGACAGCCUGGCCACCAUGCCAACUGGCAGCUCCACUGACAAGGCUGUGCAGCUGCUCCUGUGUGACCUGCUCCUUGUGGCACGCACGUGCCUGUGGCAGCAGCAGCAGCCACCGGCACAGGCUUCCCCAGGGGUAGGCAGUGGGGCCCACACUUCUGCCAUAGAGCUCCAUGGUUUCCAGCUGGACCUGAGCAGCUUUCGGAGGCUGGCACAGAGCUUCCGGCCUGCUAUGCAGAGGGUGUUCCUGCAUGAGGCCACAGCCAGGCUGAUGGUGGGAGCCAGUCCUACGAGAACCCACCAGCUGCUGGGCCGCAGUCUGAGGCGGCGAACUGGCCUGGCUGGCAGAGGCAUCAUGGCAGAGCUGGAACCUCGGCCCAUGAGGCGGGAACAUGCCCAGGCUCUGCUGCUGGCUUCCUGCUACCUGCCCCCUGGCUUCCUGUCGGCACCUGGGCAACAUGUGGGAAUGUUGGCUGAGGCAGCACGCACACUGGAGAAGCUUGGGGACCGCCGGCUGCUGCAUGACUGUCAGCAGAUGCUCUUGAGUCUGGGUGGUGGGACCACCAUCACUUCUGGCUAG